AUGUCGGAUAUCUACGGUGAUUUCGACGACAGCGACGAUCUCGAGGGCGGCGACGAGGAGUUCGGAGGCCUCGGUUCCAUUCUUUCUUGGGACGACGAAGAAGAUCAUGUGGCCAGGACAUCGGAUGCGGAUGUCAAUGCGGCGCUCGCCGGGAAAACGGGGGGUGCCGCUCUUCCUCCUGGGAUGGUGAGCUUUUCUUUGAGCAAGGACGGCAAUGGCCAGUUGUAUCUGCCUCAGCUUGGAGGGAAUGGGGCUCAAGCCAUGCAAAAUCAACAGCAACCACAAGUCAUUGCUGCGGCCCCGGCGGUUCAACAAGGUUUGACUCAGGCUAAUUUUGCUAUUUUCCAGCAAAAUGGAGCCACAAUAUUGCAGCCCGCGAACGGGAAGCAACCGCAACAGCAGCAACAAGCUCUGUCCAUCCAGCCCGCGCCAGGAACAAUUGCUGGAAUGGUCUUGCAGCAAGUUGGCCAGUCGCAACAAGUUCAUCAGGUUCAGCAACAGCAAAUACAGCCUCAACAGCAGCAAGUGCAAAUACAACCCCAGCAGGUACAACAACAAGUUCAGCAAGUUCAGCAGCCGCAGCAAAUCCAAGUACAGCAGGUACAACAGGUUCAGCAGCAACAAGUUCAGCAAGUGCAGGCGCAACAAGUUCAGGCGCAGGUACAACAGUUGCAACAAGCUGCUGCUCAGCAAUUUCAAAUAACUGGAGACGCCAAUGCGUUCCUUCGACAGCUGCAAGUGGCCCAAAUCCAGCAGCAGUUCAACGCCCUACAGCAACAAGGUGCGUUGGCCCAGGCUCCAAUGGGCACGCCCCAGCAGCAGGCUCAACAACAGGCCGCGCUCCAGCAGCAGCUCCAACAGCUUCAGCGUGGUCAAGUUCCCUUGGUAGCUGUUCCCGCCCAGCAGCAGCAGCAACAGCCUCCUCAAGCACCUCCUCCCGCUCAACCAGCGGCACCACCGCCGGCAGCGGUUCCGGUCGUUCAGCAACAACGUGCGGCGGCGAAGCCUCCCCCGAAACCGCCGGCCACCAAGACUAGGACCACGACGUCCCGAAAAAGGUCUCCUGCGACGGCUUUGGGAGUCGUGUCUGCAAGCGAUACGGAUGGCGAGCUUUCGAGGGUCUCGAAGAAGUCAGCAGCGGAACUUACCUCCAAUUCCAAGAAGAGGAAGCCCCCGGAACCGAUCGAUACUUCCAACAUGACCCCAGCGCAGAAGGCCAAGGCGAACCGUGACCGAAAUCGAGAGCAUGCAAGAAAUACGCGUCUUCGAAAGAAGGCAUACCUCGAGAAGCUCAAGUCGACGGUGGAUGAAUUAUGCAAGGAGCGAGAUACGCUGGUAUCGGAACGAGCGGGUGCGGCGAAUUUGCUUGUGGAAAUGCACAACACGAGGACCGAAGUACUCAUGUCGUUCUUUGCACUGAGAUCCACCAACGAGAAGCGAAGGAAGCUUUGGGCGAGCAUUCUGGACGAGAGUUGUUUUGCGUGCGUGAUGCCCGUCACACCGUAUCGAUCAUUUCCUGCGAGCGAAGUCCAGGUAUCCAAGUGUCAGAGAACUGUCCUUGGAAUUGAUGGAAUGAUGGCAGAUACGGCGUCGCUCCAUGUCCUUUUGAGUUCGCUUGUUGACAGAUCCAAGUAUCCUCAUGGCAAGAUUGAAUUCUGUUACACGCUCGUUACUGAAGAGGCUGUGGUUGCGGGGAAUCAGAUGAUGGCACGGUGGGUGAUGUCUACUUUGAAUGCCACACAGUAUGGCGCCCGAAUGGAAGUCGCGAAGCAAGGAAUGCUUUGUUGCAAAUUCAACAGUGCGCAUCGAAUCACCGGCCUGGAGCUCAUGUUCGAUGUCAUGGCACUGAUGCUGCAGCUAAAGCAAGCCGCUGGAUCGGAGAGCUUCUCGGUCAUCCCGAAUACGGUUCAGACUUGCCAACGAUCGUUUGACAAGCCCAUGGUGAUGACGCUAGCGGACGGGCCGUACACGAUUGUACAAGUCAACCAGCUGUGGGAGAACAUGACUGGCUACAAGGCGGAAGAAAUCGUUGGGAAGACAUCUUGUAGCGUACUCCAAGGACCUCUCACAGACAAGGCUGCUCUAAACGAGUUGAUGUCGGAAGUACGUUUCAAGAGAGCAGCUUCUGUGAUGCUCGUGAACUACACGAAGUCCGGAGAAAAGUUUCGCAAUUACGUUGUGGUCUUUCCUCUGAGCACGGACUCGCGGAUAACACACUACUUGGCACUCACUUCCUUUGUGGAACGAGUGACCGAGAACUCUGUGGCUGUGGCUGCCCCAACUGCGCCCGCCGCUACAAUCUCACAGCAGCAACCUGCUGCGACGACGACCGGAUUCAAUGCCAACACGGCGGCAUCCGCCGGUCAAAUGCACCAGAUGCUGCAGAACCAAGCCCAGUCCAUACAAGGCAAUGCGGCUGUAGCGCAGCAACAGCAGCAACUGGCCACUGCUGCACAACAACAGCAAGUGGCUUUGGCCAAUGCCACGGUACAGCAGCAGCAAGCGGCAUUGGCCAAUGCCGCUUCGGCCGCUCUCUUGGCGCAAUCUAACAUGCUUGUUGCCACCUCUGGGGUGGUGCAAGGGCAGAUGCUCCCACCACCCGUCAACACGACAAGUGCCCUGGUCCAACAGCAACAAGCUUUUCCUGUACAAAAUGUGACGCCACUAUCGGGUGACGUUGUGGGCACCUCCCAACUUGCACAGGUUUGA